UUUAAAUCCUUGUGUUUUAUCAUUGUUUGUUCCAGCUCUCGUAUAUUGUGCCAUAUUAUUGUUUGACAUCAAAUACUUUUUUUGCUUAAAAAUUAUAAAUAUGAAAUAUAAAGCUGGACCAAAGCGGGUUUGUUAUCGCCACCCCCAGUAAAUUACGCCUCAGCGGAAGACGUAGCGUAGCCACUACCUCUCAGCAGACCGGCUUUACAUUAGUGGCUCGUGAUGGAAACUGCACGCGCGGAAACAUGCUUGAUAACAGGAGGAUGUGGAUACUUCGGCUAUCGCUUGGCAGCCCACCUGCAUAAAAACGGAGCCAAAGUCAUCCUGUUUGACCUCAUCCCUCUGAAAGGUGUCAUGCUGGAGGGAAUUAAGUUUGUCCAAGGAGAUAUUCGCAACUAUGCGCAAGUGGUGAGUGCCGUUUCGGGCGUUGACUGCGUGUUCCACGUAGCGUCCUACGGCAUGUCCGGCAGGGAGCAGCUGAAGCGGCUUCGCAUCGAAGAGGUGAAUGUGGACGGGACCCGGAACAUCUUGGACGCAUGCAUUCAGUGUGGCGUACCGCGGCUCGUCUACACCAGCACUUUUAACGUGGUCUUUGGAGGGCAGGAGAUCCGAAAUGGAGACGAGAACCUCCCGUACCUGCCGCUCGAUCUCCACCCGGACCACUAUUCCCGGACUAAGUCCAUAGCGGAGAUGGCUGUCCUCAAAGCUAACGGAACGGCACUGAAGGGCGGUUCCGGGGUGCUGAGGACAUGCGCUUUGCGCCCGGCCGGAAUCUACGGGCCCGGGGAGCAGCGGCACCUCCCCAGGAUUGUGGGGUACAUCGAGAAAGGGAUCUUCAGGUUCGUCUACGGGAAAGCAAACAGUUUGGUGGAAUUUGUCCACGUGGACAAUCUGGUGUCGGCGCACGCGCUCGCAGCUGCAGCCCUGACUGACCAGAAGCAUCACCGCGCCGCCGGCCAGGCCUACUUCAUUUCCGACAGCCGUCCUGUCAACAACUUUGAGUUCUUCAGGCCCCUGGUGGAAGGUUUGGGGUACCCUUUUCCAACGCUGCGCCUCCCCCUCACCUUGGUUUACUUCGCUGCCUUCCUCAUUGAAACAGUCCACCGCCUGGUGGCACCACUCUACGAUUUCCAGCCACUACUGACCCGCACUGAGGUCUACAAGACGGGCGUGACGCACUACUUCAGUACGGCCAAGGCCCAGUCCCAUCUGGGGUUCCGGCCCAAGGAGUAUGACCUGGAUGAAGUGGUCCAGUGGUUCCGGAGCAGGGGGCAUGUGAAGAAAUGGCAAAGCUCCGGCGCCAGUCGGCUGGUGGUGAACCUUCUGGUUGUUGCUGCUUUUAUGACCGCGUUGCUCUCUUUUUUACCAGUUGCUGGCAGCUGAUGGUCUUAAAGUAUGUCAUAGAAUUUCAAAGCACAUAUAAGGUGCAUUUUUCUCACCAUUUAAUGCAGUUCUCAGGUGUUUGAAUAAUAUUUCAGAUUUUUUUUUUUUUUAUAGUAAACCUCCGCUGUUCAUGGGGAAGCAGGACCGAGCCCUGCCACAAAUUGCUAAAAAAAAAUCAUAUUUUAUGCACCCCUAAAUGUGUAGAAUUUCCUGUAUUAUUUAAAACAUAAUAUACCUUAUACCACAACUAUGAUUCCGCAGUUUAAAAUUUCAAACUCAUUUUAUAGCAUUACCCUUAAAAAAAAAAAAUAAUGGCUUCCAGAUUUUUCGGGGAAAAAAUGCACCAGCAGUGUGUGUACAGUAAGUUAUAAACUGUCUCGACACCCAUGAUAUUAAAAAAAAAAAGAAAUGUCUUGAUCUCAAUCGUUUUAGAGUUUGUACAGCUCAAUUGGGGAAAAAAAAAAUAUUUAAGCGGGGAUGUAUUAGAGGAAAAAAAGAUAGUUGCACGUGUGUGUGCACAUCUUAUGAUGGGUGCUCUCCACAUACUCCAGCUACCUCUCUCAUUCCCAAGAAAAUCAUGCAUGAUAUGUCAAUCAUAGACUGCAAAUUGUCUUGUAUUAAAUGCCCCAAUGAACCUUUUGUUUUUCAAACUAAGAACCUUUGAAUAAAACUCAUUCAUUCAU